AUGGAUUCCAAGAUGGAAGUCCCAGCUGCCUUGAAGAAAAGUGUUGAGGAUAGUAAGGCCGAGUAUGUGCAGCUUGGAAAGAGCGGAUUAAAGGUCUCGGUUCCGAUCUUUGGAACGAUGGGUUUGGGAACCUCGGAAUGGGCCGAUUGGGUGAUUAAUGAGGAAGAGGUAAGAGUUUUUCUCUUUCAUUAUUUCCUUUCCUCCAUCUUAUUUCUCUUCCAUCUCCCCUCUCAACCCACGUGUAUUCAAUCUAACAAUGCAUAGUCACUCCCACUCCUCAAGGCAGCCUACGAUCGCGGAAUCAACACGUGGGAUACCGCGAAUGUGUACUCGAACGGUGUCUCGGAGGAGAUUGUCGGCAAGGCGAUUAAGAAAUACAAUAUCCCGCGACACAAGAUUCAGGUUUUGACCAAGUGUUGGGGUACGGUGGCCGAGGAGAAGGAUCUGCGGACUUUUUUCUUUCAGAAGGAGAUUAAGAGUAGUAAGGAUUAUGUUAAUAACAUAGGUAUGUAUCUUGUUCUCUUUUUGCUCUUGGGUGGUUUGGAUUGGUGGUCGCUCGUCUGCGUGGGAAUUUCUACACAACAACACUCUGAGAGAAAUGAAAAUUGCAAAUGCAGAAUACUAACACCUUCAAGGCCUCGGAAGAACGGCCAUCUUCAAUGCCGUAGAUGCAUCCCUCGCCCGCAUGGGACUCGAUUACAUCGACCUCCUCCAAAUCCACCGUUUCGACGCCACCGUCCCCAUCGAGGAGACCAUGGAAGCUCUCCACGAUCUCGUGAAGAGCGGCAAGGUUCGCUACAUCGGUGCCUCGUCGAUGUGGACUUAUCAAUUCGCCCAGAUGCAGUUCUGCGCUGAGAAACAUGGCUGGACCAAGUUUGUCAGCAUGCAGAACCAGUAUUCCCUUCUUUAUCGAGAGGACGAGAGGGAGAUGAAUAAGUUCUGUCGGGAGACUGGUGUGGGACUUAUUCCUGUACGUUUUCUCUACCACCUCCCCUUUCUGUAAAACCUCCAUGUAUUCCUGUACUAACCUGUGUAUAGUGGGCACCCCUCUUCCGAGGCCAUCUCGCACGCCCUCUCUCGGUCCUCGGCAAGACCACACGUUCCCAACCCGAAGCCGAGCUGGGUCUCUCCGACGCCGACAACCAGACCAUCGCGCGCGUCGAGGAACUCGCCAAUAAGAAGGGCUGGAAGAUGACGCAUGUCAGUCUGGCGUGGAUCAAGACGCGGGUUUCCAGCCCGAUUAUUGGGUUCAGUAGUGUGGCGAGGAUUGAUGAGGCGUUGGGGAUGAGGGGCAAGACGCUGACGGAGGAGGAGCAGAAGUAUUUGGAGGAGUUGUAUGUUCCUAAGGUUAUUAAUGGGUAUGCUUAG